UUGAGUCAAAUCCGUCUGAUUUAUCGGUGAAAAAAGCUUUUGUACAGGAUAAACACUCCGUGUUUACUCCCACCGCGAGCCAUUUGUUUUUUUAAUGCGCUUGUAACCCGAGAGCCGUGCCGAGCUAAUGCAAAUCACUGACAUCUCACCUGUUUGAUAGGCGUCAGCUGUGCUUUACGAUCAAAACCUAGUUGUUUGCGUCCUGUCAAGCUCGUGCACGUGCUGCAAAAAGGACCUGGACGUUGUCGUAUGGAGACAUUUAGUAGGACGCUGUUAUUAAUUACGAUUCGGACCGUAAAUGCGAUUCCGAAUCUAUUUAAAAAGUCUUAACACUUGAAAACUAGGAAGAUCGCACACGUGCUGAGAUGCGCUAAACGCGUUUAGAAACCUCAAGAUGGGGAAGCUGCACAGAGGCGUUGACUUAAUACGUCUCCUUUUUUUUAUCAGUGCGCCGUUUUUGUGAUUUCUGUUGAGUGUACAGGGUUUAACAAAAUGUUCCAGCACCGGUUGCAUAAUCCGCAAACAAAGCCACAGGGUUUCACACGGGUGUUUUUGUUCAGCCUCUUGUUACACACACACACGCCCUGAUGUUAAUGCAUUUCUCAUUCUGCUUGUCGUUCACCCAGUGCCUUUGCAAAUGUUGAUCUAUGAGAAAUACGCCGAAAGAAAAUGGAUGCUUUGUCUUUUGAAACCCAUGGGUUCCUUGCUUCUGUCGAACCGAAAAAAAGUGAAGUUCACCAGUCUGUCAUAGCUUUUCGUUUCCUUAAAAUGAAGGUGGAUGGUGGUCGUGGAGUAUUUCGGGGUGCAGUUUAAAGAUGGAUUCAAAGUCUCGUCGGUUUCCGUUCGCUGUCUCCAGCUCUUCCUCGCUGUCAUCGCCCUCCUCCUCAUCUUCAGCGCUCAGUGCGAGUCGGCUCUAUGGCAGAGGGAGCGUCUUGGGAAGAGAUCGCUUUAGCAGAGAGGCGUCUGUCAAAUUAGACUCCGACUAUCAGAGCUCCCGUCUGCUGAGCUCACCGAGAGGUUACAGUUCAACUGAAAACCGUCACUCCAACUGGAAGCUCUCUACUCCUGUCUCACUGUCUUCAUCAUCUUCCUGUGAUCGAACAUGGACCGAAUCUGCCAGUGGUGACCGAGGCAGACUUACCGACUCCCGAACGGGAACCUACUGUGGACUUCUUGGCACAUCCCAAGACAGCGAAUCUAAACGAGCAAAACUUUCCUACACAAAUAGAGCAGCAUAUUCCAGAUCCCCUUCCACAUCUAAACCUGUCAGCUCUUACUCCACUUUAGGAAAUUCUUCAUGGAAAUCCUCCAUCAGUCCUUUGUCUAGAUCAUCCUCUUCAUCCUCCUCUUCAUCUUCAACCACUCCGUCAGAGGGUCUUUGGGCUCGCAGAGAUUUGGAGAAGAGGGGGGAUUCAGGACUGACCUCACUGGGGGAGUCUAGUUACCGGCCUAGUGGGCUGACAUCUUCACUGUACCGUUCAGAGCGUGUUACCUCCACCUAUGCACAAGGUGCUCGACCCAAAGAGAGCCAGUAUUCAACCCACAGAGAGAAUAGUUCAUCUAAUCGCCGUAUCUCAGCCGAGUACCUUCCUUCUCCACUGGAGCGUAGCUCCCACAGGCUGACCUCAGAUUACCAGUCUGGUCCGUUCUCUCGUGAUACGCCACGCUCCAGCUCUAGCUCCACCAGAACCUCUGCCUCCGUCUCGGACCCAUCCCAACUCUCAUCCUGGAGCUCCACCCCUUACAAGACCCUUACUAGCUGUAACUCCAGCCCACCUUCCUCCGGCGCUGCCCCCACCCCGCUUCCCGCUCAGAAUGGCGGUGACUCGGAUGGCAGACGAACAACCAGGCGUCUGCUGUCUCGGCUCUUCUCCCGACGCUCCAGUCAGGAGUCAAACUCUACCGUCAGCUCUGCCUCUGAUUCUCGGUCAUAUGACUCGAGCCCAGAGGAAGCCCGGCCCCCUGAAGUCCCUCCACUAGUCAGCAGGGAAAAUUUGGAAGCAGAGCUGAGGAACUCUGACCCUGUUCAGGCGUUUUCGUUCUUGCGCAGACGUGGACCAUCUCUUGCUCCCGUCCAGGAAAGGGCUGAUGUAGGCGAGCACGAACAAGAAUCGCUCAGAUCUCCAGCAGGCCUGUCCUGGCUGAACUGGAACCGCUGUACCCCGCUGUUCUCUCGACGAAGGAGGGAAGGGCGUGAUGAAAGCGCCCGCAUGGACCCACGGCGUUCACCCCAGUUCCCUCUUGGUGACCGGGAUGGCCGUAAAACACCUGACCGGAGCACAGAUUGUGAAGAUGAUGACGAUGAUGAAGAUGAGUCCUCAGAGGGCGCCACAGCGGCACCUUCUGCUGGAGCCUCAGGUCUCUCUGCUUCGCUGCUGCAGGACGGAGCCCGUCUGGUGGGACGGAGCCAUGGCAUGGGCAGGGUGAUGACCAGCCCGCUCUUUCGUAUGCCUGAGAAUAUGAUAAUUGGUGUGGGAGUAGGAGCAGAAGGGAGGAGUCAAACUGAUGAGCAGACGAAAGACAAGCCCGCCCCCUCCAGAGAUCCAGAGAGACUGCGAAAGAUUCAGGAGAGCUUGCUGUUGGAGGACUCUGAUGAGGAGGAAGGUGAUCUGUGCCGAAUCUGUCAGAUGGGGGAGCAGUCGAGUUCCAACCCUCUGAUUGAACCCUGCAAGUGCACCGGCAGCCUGCAGUAUGUGCACCAGGACUGCAUUAAGAAAUGGCUCCGCUCCAAAAUCAGCUCUGGUUCUAACUUGGAAGCCAUCACUACCUGUGAACUUUGUAAGGAAAAACUGCACUUGAACAUCGAGAACUUUGACAUCAAUGAGCUCUACAGAUCUCAUGAAAGGUCGGAGUACGAGUUCAUCAGCUGCGGGCUGUACCUGGUGGUGCUCCUGCACCUGUGCGAGCAGAGGUUUUCUGAUGUCCUGGGUGCAGUCAAUGAUGCUGGGGUUCAUACGCAGAAUCUGAUGAAGAUGAGGCGGAGGACAGCAGGCCAUCCAUCGACUUCUGUGACUUGGAGGAUGAUGAUGAUGAUGAUGAUGAUGAAGAGGAGGAGGUUUAAUGUGUUGGCAGGGAGGAAGCAGGCAUGGCUUAGCAGCCUGUCUCAGUCCCCUCCCACUUACUGUUCUUGACCUGUGUCCUUCUGCUUGAAGUGACUUUUAGCCAAUGUCUGAUUGGCAGUGUAACCACUGUUCUUAGCCUGUCACAAGGCUUUCAUAAUAUGCAGAUAAUUCUACAGUUUAUGGGAGCUGUUUAGUUCCUGUUAUGAUUUUUUUUUUUUUUUUUUUUUUUUUUUUUUUGCAUCAGGUUGGUAAGCACUCUAAAGCUUUUCAGUUAAAAAAAAAAAAAAAAAAAGAAAUCUGGCAAACUGAUGACCACCACGAGUGCUUUAACUAUGCUUAGAAGCUGGAUUGGGGAAAGAAAGUAUGAAUCUUGCAAAAUCCUCUUACGUGGUGCAGUCGAGGAAUAUUCAUCUGCUCGUUUAUAGGGCUGCUUAAAAAGGAGAUGUUUGUUUUCAAUGUCUUUUUGAUUUUUAAAAAAGAAAAAAAAUAAUAAUAAAUGAAUCCCUUAAUUUUCUUGGUUUUAUGUUAAUGAUAUGCUUUUUUUUUUUUGUUUUUUGGAUGAGUGAGAACAUGUGGUCACUUUUCUUUCAAGACUUUCUCUUUACAGAAAACCUUUUCCACAGUGUGUUUGUAUGUUGUACAUUAUAACGGUGUAAUUCGCUUGAAUUAUUACAAUAAAAUGGAGGUAUUUCAAUACCUCAAAAAAA